CAUGACGUUUCCGUGUUGUUAGAGGAAGAAAGCAAGAUGGCGGUCGAAGUGAAGUCAGUUGACGAGUUCGGACAAAUUUUGAAGGAUUUUGGCAAUGGUCUUGUCGUGGUACAUUUUGCCGCAACCUGGGCUCCUCAUUGCAAACAAAUGGCAGACGUUAUCGGUGAACUCGUUAAAGAUAAUGUGCAUGUUAAAUUUCUGCAAAUUGAGGCAGAAGAUCUUGUCAGUCUAUCAGAGAAGUUCAAGAUAGCAUCUGUACCAACAAUACUCUUUUUCAAGAAUGAAAAAGAGAUUGACAGAUUGGAGGGAGCAAAUGCUCCUGAACUAACAAAGAAAGUAACUCAUCAUGCUAGUACAUUUGUCCCACCUACAACCAGCACAGAAGUCAAGCAAGAAAGUCUUGAUCAGAAACUGAAGAGGUUGAUAAAUAGCUCACCAAAUAUGUUGUUUAUGAAAGGAACACCAGAACAACCUCGAUGUGGAUUUAGUAAACAAGUUUUGCAAAUUCUGUCUGGAUAUAAGUUUGGUACAUUUGAUAUUUUAACAGAUGACGAAGUUAGACAAGGUCUAAAGACAUACUCAAACUGGCCAACAUUUCCUCAGUUUUAUGUUAAUGGAGAAUUAGUUGGGGGCCUUGAUAUCCUCAAGGAGUUGUCCGAAUCAAGUGAACUAGAGACCAUGUUGGCAGAGGCAAAAGUUGAGGAUCUGAACUCAAGGUUACAUAAACUUGUCAAUUCUGCACCAGUACUUGUAGUCAUGAAGGGGUCUCAACAGGAACCAAAGUGUGGCUUUAGUAGACAGUUAUGUCAGCUCCUUGACAGUUAUCCAAGUGUAAAGUUCUCAACUUUUGAUAUUUUGAAAGAUGAAGAGGUACGCCAGGGUAUAAAAAAAUUCUCAAACUGGCCAACAUUUCCUCAAAUUUAUGUGAAUGGCGAACUUAUUGGUGGACUGGAUAUAGUAAAGGAACUACAUGAAUCUGGAGAACUUGGUUCAGUCCUGUCACCAUAGCUAUUUGGUAUUAAAUCAUGCAAGCGACGAUUUGAUAAUGCAAAAUAAUACAUAAUUAAAAGAGACAAAAUAUUUGUACAUAUUCUCUGCUGAAAGCUAUUGCUUAAUAAA